CUAUCUAUCGGAGGUGUUAUCAUGGUGAAGUCGCACGAUCUGGUGCUAAGAAUAGUCCCUCGGCCAGAUAGUAGUAUCUGCUUUUUAGGACUCCCAAAAUAUAUUAAUUAAACUUUUUCAAAGAUAUUCCCGUCUCCAACUUGACGAUAUACAUUUGGGCAAUGCACCUGGCAUUAUUCAAAUUAAUUAAAUUUCGUAACACCAGAGAAUGGAGGACUAUAAAAGUUGACUGUUGGCGGGGAGAUAUUACUUAGUAUCACUCGUAUAUCCAGCAAGAUGGUCAGUUUUGAAGAAGCCGCCGAGCUCGCCAAGAACUUCUCCAAGAAGCCCACCGACUCCGAGUUCCUGGAGUUCUACGGUCUCUUCAAGCAGGCCACCGUUGGCGAUGUGAACAUCGAUAAGCCCGGCAUCCUGGAUCUCAAGAAGAAGGCCAUGUACGAGGCCUGGAGCUCCAACAAGGGUCUGUCCAAGGAGGCUGCCAAGGAGGCCUACAUCAAGGUGUAUGAGAAGUACGCCCCCAAGUACGCGUAAAGCCUAGUUUUUGGAUUAUACUCCAUCAUCUGUUAAAUAAACUCGAAAUCUU